CCACCCAGCCGCCCAAUAUGUCCGUCAGCGCCAGGAAGCGCGCGGGGCCUCCGAAGCCGCCUCGCCCGCCGCCGCCGCCGCUAUGCAUUGUGGGGCAGCGGCAGCAGAUCCAAGAUGGCGGCCAGCAGGAGGCUGAUGAAGGAGCUUGAAGAAAUCCGCAAAUGUGGAAUGAAGAACUUCCGUAAUAUCCAAGUUGACGAAGCUAACUUAUUGACUUGGCAAGGGCUUAUUGUUCCUGUGAGUACAAAAGCUGCUGUUGGGAUUGAAAUCAACUUUCCAGCAGAGUAUCCAUUCAAACCUCCUAAGAUUACAUUUAAAACAAAGAUCUAUCACCCUAACAUCGAUGAAAAGGGUCAGGUUUGUCUGCCAGUAAUUAGUGCAGAAAACUGGAAGCCAGCCACCAAAACUGAUCAAGUAAUCCAGUCCCUCAUCGCACUGGUGAACGAUCCCCAGCCCGAGCACCCACUUCGGGCCGACCUAGCCGAAGAAUACUCUAAGGACCGUAAAAAAUUCUGUAAGAACGCUGAAGAGUUUACAAAGAAAUAUGGUGAAAAGCGACCAGUGGACUAAACUCUGGCACAGUUGAUGCCAGCAGUGUGUGAUAGAAGAUCUGGAGCAGUGCAUUUCAGACACCCCACAAAGCAGGACUCUCUGGAAAAUUGACAAGUGCCACCUUUCGGUGUUAACUUGUGGCUGUUACUAACUUUCUACAGUUUCUUAAUCAAAAGUGGUCUAGGCAACCUCUAAAGAAAGGAUUAAAAUUUAAGAUGUUCUAGUUCUGCUUUCUUUGUUUAAAAUCACUGCUUCAAUAUACUUUAAAGGAUGCUGUUUCUUUUUUUUCCUUGUCAGAAUUUAUGAAAAAUACCUUAGACUUAUAAUCUGCCCUUGAAAGUUCAGAAGGUUGUGGCUGUUAUUAUUUUUUUUCCCCUUGCAGUUCCUGUUUAUCACUUUUUUUCUCCUUUCCCCCUCCCACCCCCCAAAAAGAGAAAACACCAUGACAUUGAUGUCUUAGCAAAAUUUUAUUGUUGUCCUGGCAAAAAAGAAGAAGACGAAAGUUCAAUGUUUGGCAGUGAGUUUCUUUUUAUUUCCCUCUCUUAAAUGUUGAGCUGCACUUCAUGAAACUUGAUCCCAAGUUUCUAUUAACUUCAGUUUGUAACAUAAUAAAAAUCACCACAUGUACACUGCAAAAUAAUCAGAACCAAACCCAGAUCUUGUGUAAAUUUGGCUGAUGUUACCACAAUAAUGUUUAUUAAAUGGGGAACUCCAAGCUUCUGUGUGCACGAGUGAAUUAAAAUAUGACUUCUAUGUCCUGCUUUUUGGAAAAGUUGACACAGGAUUUGCUGUAGCAAAAGAAUAGUGAUUUUCCCCCCCAUGUUUAUUCUUAAUAUCUAUGCAGACUACCUAUUAGAAAGAAUUGCUGAGAACUGUUACAAACUUGGGAGAAUUUUAGAUGAGGGACCAAGAGGUACCAAAGUUGUUUUUUUUAAAAAGAAAAGAAACACAGCUUGAGACCUCCCUAUCCUGACCUCUGAGGGGGGUGUCCAGAGGGAGAGCUUCUCAAAAUCUUAAUAUUUUAAGCGGGGCAUUGAGUGCAUCUUUCCAUCUUAUUACCUCUCUGCUAUGAAACGGUCAGUGGAACUUUCCCCUAAUACUGGCUUGUCUGUUUCUGUUGCACAUUGCAGUGCGAAGUUUCCUUAAGCAAUAAGUGGCCAAUAGUCGAGACGAAAGCUAUUCUCGUUCUUAGGAGAGUUUGUAUGAAGUGUGCCACUCUGGAACCAGAUGAUUUAAUAAUGUUUUCCAGGGACAAAGAAGAUUUAUUUGUGUGUUUCCCCCUUUGGUUCCCAGUCAUCGAUCCCGCCCUUUCUGUUUGUUUUUAAUAUUGUAGGACAUGGUGGAAAGUGAUCUAGCCAGGUCACCAAAGCCACCUACAUUAGAAUACCUGGUUUAAGAAAGCAUUUCUCUCCCUUCCUGGCAAUCUCUUAUCAAAGAAUAGGAAGCUCAUAUCAUUUCUAUUUGGUGGGAACUUGCAUUAGUGGUGUGCCCAGGGGUCCAUCAGUAGUCUUUGCCACCGCAGCCUUUCAGUUCUAGUGCGUGUCAGAGGAACAGUAGAGUGACCUGUUUUCUAUAUGUCCUUUUUCCUUCCCUUCCUACUCCCAACUUUGUUUUAAAAACUUAAGAAGAUGGGCAGCCAAGUACCUCUGUUAAAAAGUAAAAAAAAAACAGUUUUUUUCCUUUAUAAGUUUUGGGUACGAAGCAUCUGUUUUUAAGUGUUCUUAGACAAAUUCUUAGGUAGGCAAUUAAAGUAAAAGAAAAAAAACUACCUUUACUUACGGACACUUGCCAUUUCCUGUGUGUGUGUGUGUGUGUGUUCAGGCUUGGUGAUCAGCACUGUCUUAUUACCAAAAUUUCCACAAUUUUUUGUGUCUUCAUUUGCAGAAAGUUGGUACUGACUUUGUUUCAUUCACGCUCACGCAGAUUCAAAAAUAAACAUAAAAUGCCAAA